AUGAAUGCUCCAGAUAGAUUUGAACUUUUUUUACUACCGGAAGGUGAGUCGAAGCUUAAAGUAGAGCAAGAUACCAAGGCAUCCAGUGCUAUUAUAGUAACGUUUGAGAAAGAAGACCACACUCUAGGGAAUUUGAUUAGAGCCGAACUUUUAGAAGAUGAAGGAGUUCUUUUUGCAGCUUAUAAGGUAGAGCAUCCGUUAUUUGCCAAGUUUAAAAUGAGAAUUCAGACUGUGGAAGGAUACGAUCCGAAGGAUGCGUUGAAGAACGCAUGUAAUAGCAUUAUCAAUAAGUUGGCUCAGCUGCAGUCUAACUUCGAAACAGAAUGGAAUUUGCAAACGUUGGCUACUGAGGAUUAUGGUAUGUAA